GCGCUAGAAGAACUUGACACAAAACCACUGCUUCCGCACUGCUUCCUUGUUUAUUAGUUUUAGGGGGAAACAGUGCCUUAAGAAAAAAAAAAGGGGAUUAUUCUAUUUAUUUUCUUCUUCUAGAAGCGACGAGAACUCCUUCACAAGAUUUUCAAAGCCCCAUCUACCUGAAACGCUCACAAAGAGAAGCCUGACAACUGUGGAUGUCCAGGAGUGAGUCGGGGUCUGAGUUUCACCACAACCGUGUCUGAGUGUUGUUUCUGGUCUGAAUGGCCGCAGCCGCAGAGGAGCCUCCAGGGCUGCAGAGCCCCUCUGGUUAUUCGACUGGGACUCCAAAAAAUGCUUUUCCCGAGAGUCCAAGCACUAGCAUGUCUCAGACCAUGAAAAAGACCAUCGGCCAUCGUGGAAUUGAUCCUAAAGGGGAGACGACAUACAAGAAGACAACAUCAUCUGCCCUGAAAGGUGCUAUCCAGUUAGGCAUCACACACACGGUGGGCAGCUUAACCCAGAAACCUGAGAGAGACGUGCUGCUGCAGGACUUUGAAGUGAUGGAAAGCAUCUUCUUUCCAAGUGAGGGCAGUAACCUCACACCGGCCCACCACUAUGGAGACUUCCGUUUCAAGACAUAUGCCCCAAUGGCCUUUCGCUACUACAGGGAGAUAUUUGGCAUCCGGCCUGAUGACUACAUGUAUUCUCUGUGCAAUGAGCCGCUGAUCGAGCUGUCAAACUCCGGGGCCAGUGGAUCUCUGUUCUACCUCUCUAGGGAUGAUGAGUACAUCAUCAAGACAGUGCAACACAAAGAGGCGGAAUUUCUGCAGAAACUGCUUCCUGGAUACUUCAUGAACCUGAACCAGAACAAGCGUACCUUACUACCAAAGUUUUAUGGACUCUACUGUGUCCAGGCAGCGGGUAAGAACAUCCGUAUUGUAGUCAUGAACAAUCUGCUCCCUAGCGCUGUACGAAUGCACCUCAAGUAUGAUCUAAAGGGCUCAACCUACAAGCGACGAGCCUCAGCUAAAGAGAGAGAAAAGGCUGUUCCCACGUACAAGGACCUGGAUUUUAUCCAGGACAUGCCUGAGGGCCUGUUAAUGGAAGGGGACACGUACAAUGCUGUUUCCAAGACCAUCCACAGAGACUGUCUGGUUUUGCAAAGUUUUAAGAUAAUGGAUUACAGCCUUCUGGUGGGAAUCCACAAUGUAGAUCAGGCCUGUCGAGAGCAGGUCAGUGAGGAGGCCGUAGCUGGGGCUGUGGACCAAAUGAGGCCGCAAGGCCAAAAGUCCCUGUAUAGCACUGCUAUAGAGGCCAUCCAGGCUGAGGCAGGGCGCAUGGGAUCACUGGACACGGAGGACAAAACGGGAGGAAUUCCAGCACGAAACGCAAAAGGCGAGAGACUGCUGGUGUAUAUUGGUAUCAUUGACAUUCUGCAGUCUUAUAGGUUUGCGAAGAGGCUUGAACACUCGUGGAAAGCUCUGGUUCAUGAUGGGGAUACUGUGUCAGUACACAGGCCGAGUUUCUACGCCGAACGAUUUCAGAAGUUCAUGCUAAAUACAGUCUUCAAGAAGAUCUUAUUAAAACCCUCCCCGUGUAAGAAGCGCCGUGCAGUGGCACAUCUUCCUUUGAAAAAGACAGCUGGCUCUGGGCUUUCUCUGUUGACCCAUAACAGCCAGCACCCUUUACUCCAACAUCAAGUAAGCUCUGAGACCAAAGAAGACACCGAAGGUGACAAUGUCAUGCAUUCAGGUCGUCCUGACCUCCUCCCAAAGACCUUACCACCCAGGGACGCUGUUGGCAAUGCUAAAGACACGGCCGUCUCCUCCUCCUUGGGAAACCCUGUUUUGCCUCAGGAUACCAGCAGGUCAGCGGGAGUGGAUUUAAACAACACACUGAGCAAAGACCAUCACCACAGCCCCCUCAAGAGAGCUCAGCUUGGGACUCUUGAAGAAAGUAUCGGUGCUGAUGAUGUGAUCUCUCUCGGUGAUAUUGUUCCUAGCGCAAGCAAAUGUUCUGUGUAGAUGUGGGAAAGAGAAAAAUGGACUAAAAUGGACUGAAACAAACUUGGAGGAUAUUGCGAUUCAUGGAUGAAAUGUUACAAGCUCCCUUGGUGUGGUUUGAGGUACCACAGUUGAAAACAUUUUACAGUAUAUCAGCAAAGAUGAAGUGGGAUAUUUAAAUGUUUUUUGAUGUUGGUUUUGCACUUUGAUUUACAACUCUCAACAUGGUAUGAGUGCGUAAGUGGGCGGUGUUCUGACACUAGUAACGGUGGGUACAUUAAUGCCGUGGGUAUUGAACACUAUGUAGAGUGUAACAUGAGGACUUUGCCUUGUUUAACAACAAAAGCUUUUUUUAAACUUUGGCUUGGCUUACUCUGAAUGCAAACUAUGCUGUAAAAAGAGGUGGUCCUCCACUUGUGGUUUCUAUUUAACCACAAAUACUGUGAAUCCUAAAUGUCACUUCUCAUGUUCAGGUGAAAAGGUGAGGUUUAGUAUGGGGACAUAACAAAACGUGAACUGGGGCCUGUCUCACGAAGCAAGACUAGUGAGUUAGUCAGCAAAGUUUUCAGUGAAGUGGCUCUAUGAGAGCUCAAAUUCCAACGGACUGCUGCACUCUCUCUCUCUCCCUCUCCCUCUCCCUCUCCCUAUAUCUAUAUCUAUAUCUAUAUCUAUAUCUAUAUAUACAUAAUAAUGUGAGGUGGCUCACUGUUGCUAUUAAGCAAAGCCUCUAAAAGAGCGCUUCAGCCAUUUUGGCCCAAGUGCCACCUUACAGCCAAUGAGCAAUUUUGUUUUUUGGAUGGCGCUACUAUGUGUGUGCGUUUGCUGUUUUCUAUUUUAUGACUUCACCACUCAAAGAGUUUUGUAAAUUGGAACAUAUAUUGUAGAAUAGAGUAGCAAGAUUUGCUUGAGUGUUAUUGUCUGCCUUUCUAGCUAGGAGGGCAGAAUGUAUUUGUCCGAAGAAACAUACUAGGGUGGGAGGCACAGGCCAAAAGAAAAAUUAGCAGUGUGGGUUGGUAGAAGUUUUGACUUUGAAUAUUUGACCAAUUAACUUGGGUGGUACUGCAUUUCUUAAAGUUUUUUUUCCACUGUAUGCAGUAGCCUGCUGCUAGAAGUAAAAAGCUAUGUAUAAAGUCAGUAUAUUAGUGAUUACUCAAAUUUUAGUAAUCUUUUACUUUCCACUUGAGGCUACUCAUGUCAACCACAUAUUAAAGCCAAUGUGUUCCCAUUGAUUUAUGAUGUAAUGUUAUUUGAUUGUUAAAUUAUUUUCAGCUUUUUGUACUCAUGUUCUUGCUUUUUGUAUUUGAGUGGUGCAUUUAGUAUUUCAGAAACAUUUAUCAUUUUAAUUGAUUAUAUUAAUGAUAUCAUUAAUAGAACUUUUGUUGCUGCAAUUUCCCUAAAAGGGUAAACAUUUUGACCCCUAUCUCUGAUUAAAUUCACUUUCAUUGAUUUGUUGUUUGGUAACGCAGAGUUAACCGAGCCAGUUGUGUGCCUGUCAAGAAUCAUCAGUGUUGGUGUAGUGAGGCUGAUAACUGAGAGAUUUUUGAGACAGGCCCCAUCUAUGUUAUAGUUGCUGUUUUUUACCUAGCGAAAACGUGGUGAUGGCUGCCUGCUGUGUAAAAGUAAAAAAGACAGAACUGGUGGUUUACUUUUUGUAAACACAUACUGGUGGAUGUAGUUUUUGUUCUUCGAUUCAAGUUGGUUUUAGUACUCAAAAUGGGUGUGCAAUGUUUUAACUAGUUUGAAAUUUUGGAAAUUCAGAAAUACAUUAUUAGCUUUUAGGAUGACACCAUAAAAUAAAUGUGUCAUUUGAAAUAUGUUUCAGCUAUGCAACCAAAUGCUUUGUUUAUUCCAUUCUUAUUCCUGAAUGAAUAGACUGUGCAAUACAUUAAAUGAAUUGACAAUUUUCCAACCAGGAUAAUGUAAACCAGCAUUAUUUGGGCAUUUAACACAUCCUAUAAAUUAUAUGUGGAGGUUAUUUUAUUCUGUUGGCUGUUAUAUCAAACUGUCAGGUAACCCAAUAAUUAAAGUCAAACUGUGCCUUUAUUGCAAAGCAGUUACACAUGCAGCCUAUGACCCAAACAUGUAAAUAGUCAUAUGACUUAUGUAUAGUAUUUAUUACUUUAUCUAUUGCUCUGGUUUCCAAGAUUUUUAUUAAUGUAGAUGAUGGAUUCAAAAUGUGUCUUUCUUUAGCACAACAAACCUGUGUCAUGGCAUGCAGCUCUAAAAUCUAAAGAGAAAACCUUUAUUCUUUGGGGAUGAUUUUGAUUUAAAAACUGUUAACUCGCCCUGUUUUUUUCCUGUACACUAUACCUGUUAAUUUGUCUUCACUUCCCUUUUGAUUUAAACACAAUAAAUGUGUGCAUACCUAUAUACAAGAAUCACAACAAUGCCUUUUCAUGCAAUAUGUAUUUAGAAGUUUUCCCUCUUUCGGUGAUGUCAUGUUUUUGUACCCUUGCACUUGUGCCUAAGGUUAAUAAAGACAAAAGACUGUGUUGAUUACA